UUGAAAUCUGGCACAGGCUUCCGCCAUUAAAGACUCGUGUCCGGUGUGCAGUGCUUGUUUUUCAUCAUGGCUCGACGAAAAGAAAAUGAUCGAGCUCAGCAAAAUAACGAUGACUCGGAUUCUAACCCAAACGAUGAAUUAGAAGACGAGCCCAACUUCGAUGAUCCGGAAGGUUAUGAGGACGAUAUUUCUGAAGAAGAUCUUAUAGGUGACCUCAUCAGGCAGCGUCCGAAAGAAACCGACGGAGUCGAAUCAAUUGUUGUUAUUGACGGUGUUCCUCAGGUUGGUACUGAGAGGAUAGAAAAACUUCAAAAUGUCCUGAGAAAACUAUUCCAAAAGUUUGGAAAAAUAACUAAUGAAUAUUAUCCUCUUAAUGCUGAUGGAUCAACUAAAGGCCAUGUUUUCAUAGAGUACUCAAAUGCCAAUGAAGCAUUGGAAGUUCUUAAAGGAACUAAUGGUUACAAGUUCGACAAAAAUCACACCUUCACUGUGAACUUACUUACUGACUUCGAAAAAUAUAAUGACAUUCUUGAUAAGUGGGAAAAUCCAAUUCCUCAGCCGUUUAAGGAGCAAGGAUGCCUUCAAUACUAUCUUCUUGAUCAAGACGCUUGUGACCAAUUCUCAGUUGUGUAUGAGCAGGGAGACAAAGUUGCUGUUUAUUUGAACACUCAACCUGAACCCUCUCUGCUGGAAGAAAGACCUAGAUGGACUGAGACUCUAGUGCGGUGGUCACCUCUUGGCACCUAUCUAGCCACUUUUCAUGCAAAGGGUAUAGCUCUUUGGGGUGGUGAAAAGUUUCAACAAAUUGUGCGCUUCAGUCAUCCAGGAGUGCAAUUCAUUGACUUCUCACCAUGUGAGAAGUAUUUAGUAUCUUUUAGUCCACUGGCUGAUUCAAGAGCAACUGAUGAACCACAAGCCAUCAUCAUUUGGGACGUGUUGAGCGGUCUUAAGCGACGAGCUUUUAAUGCCGAUAAAUCUCAAGCCCUGCCCAUUUUUAAGUGGUCGCAUGAUGACAAGUAUUUCGCUAGGAUGGGAAUCGACAUGCUUUCUGUUUAUGAAACCCCAUCAUUUGGCCUUUUAGACAAGAAGUCGAUCAAAGUUCAAGGAAUUCGAGAUUUUGCCUGGAGCCCAACAGACAAUACGAUUGCUUAUUGGGUCGGAGAGGAGAAAGAUACUCCUGCUCGCGUCACACUUCUUGAGUUGCCAAGUCGCAAUGAAGUGCGAGUCAAAAAUUUGUUUAGCGUUGCCGACUGUAAAAUGUAUUGGCAAAAAUCAGGUGACUAUUUGUGUGUGAAAGUCGACCGCUAUGCCAAAUUAAGGAAAGAUAAGUCCGAUAUCAAAUACAGCGGUAUCUACUACAAUUUGGAAGUUUUCCACAUGCGAGAAAAACAAAUUCCAGUCGACUCGGUAGAAAUCAAGGAAACCAUUCAAGCUUUUGCGUGGGAGCCAGUUGGUACUAAGUUUGCCGUCAUCCACGGUGAGCCACCGAGUACUUCUGUUUCUUUCUUCGAAGUUAAAACUGGACAAACGCCUACGAUGGUUAAAAAAUACGAACGUAAGCCUUGCAACCAGUUGUACUGGGCCCCUUCUGGCCAGUUCAUUGUGUUAGCCGGCCUACGUGCCAUGUCUGGCACAUUGGAAUUUGUCGACACCCAUGAUUUUACCGUCAUGAAUACGGGCGAACACUUCAUGGCUACUGAUGUGGAGUGGGAUCCAACCGGUCGGUAUGUCGCAACUGCUGUUUCCUGGUGGGGUCACAAGGUCGAUAAUGCCUACUGGUUGUGGUCCUUCCAAGGACGCAUUCUCAAACGCGUAGCACUAGACAAAUUCUGUCAGCUGCAAUGGAGACCUCGACCACCUUCAUUACUUCCAGCCCAACAAAUAAAGGACAUUAAGAAGUCUUUGAAGAAAUUUAGUGCCCAAUUCGAAGUGAAGGAUCGAUUGAAAAUGACUAAAGCUUCCAAAGAAUUGGUAGAAAAACGCCGCAAACUGAUGCAAGAAUAUGAAGACUUGCGUAAGCAGAAGCAAGAGGAGUAUGACGCUCAACGUCGCCGUCGUAUCGAAUUGCGCAACAACGUGGAUACGGAUGAAACUGAAGGCCGUGGAGGGGAAUUAGAAGAGGAGACAGUCGAGUUUUUCAUUAAAGAGGAGACGACAUUCAUCGACGAGUAAUUGCCAAGACUGUAAACGAUCACCACAUCUUGAGGCGUGCUGCUUAUUCAGUGAAAGGCAGCACAUCUCGAGGUUUUUGUCAGAUAUUAAUAUCCGACAAAUCCAACAUCAGAAAAUGAAGACAAAUAUAAUUGUGUGUCUCAUCGAUUGGUUAUGGCUGUUUGCGUCUCUCUUUGGUUUCAACUAUCAUGUACCCUUUAGAUUAUCAAAAAUACAUUUUGAUUGCCUCGUCGCAACUGAAGUUGAACGAGAAGUAAAAAGGAA